CGAAACAGCUUCCGACAGAAAAUUGAAAAUAAAGGCAAGUCGAGGCCUUUUGCGUAAUUUCUAGGAUCCUUCGAUAAUCAACACCACGGUUGUUGGGUCUUGCUCAUCUUCACCACGCACCUCGGAUCAAUUUAGAAGUACAAACAGAGAGAGAGAGAGAGAGAGAGAGAGACCCGAAAACCCAAGAGACCAAACCUUCUAUAUAACUUGACCAGCCAAAGCUUCAUUUGGGUUUUCAUUUUUGUUUGUGGAAGUGGCUUUUGGAUCUGAGUUUGGGUCAACGAGUGUGUUGACUUGUGAUGGGUGUUGUUCUGAAUUGAUGCUUGGAUUAGAGUGAAGAUGAGCACAAUGGCUUGGAAGCUGAGAGGAGUAGAGCCAGCUUCAAGGAGUGCAGUGUCUCGAAGAUGGACCAUUUUGUUUUGUAUUGCUUGUUUCUGUGCUGGGAUGCUCUUCUCUGAUAGAAUGUGGUCAGUGCCGGAAAUAAAAGGCAUAUCAAGGACAACAAGGGUUGAUGGUGACAAUCUGAAGUUAGAAUCUGGUUGUGAUCCAUCCAAUAAGGAUGUAGAACAGGAAUCAACUGAUGUUUACGGGGAAGUUUCAAAGACUCAUCAUGCUAUACAAACACUGGAUAAAACAAUUUCAAAUUUGGAGAUGGAAUUAGCAGCUGCAAAGGCUGCUCAGGAAUCUAUACUUAACGGGUCACCGGUUGCAGGAGAUUUAAAAAUCUCUGAGUCCACCAAGAAAAGAAAAUAUUUGAUGGUUGUCGGAAUCAAUACUGCUUUUAGCAGUAGAAAGCGUAGAGAUUCAGUUCGUACUACUUGGAUGCCUCAAGGCGAUAAAAGAAAGAAGCUAGAGGAAGAGAAGGGAAUUGUAGUUCGCUUUGUCAUAGGUCACAGUGCUACAUCAGGUGGUAUCCUUGAUAGAGCUGUUGAGGCCGAGGACAAAAGACAUGGUGACAUUAUGCGGCUGGACCAUGUUGAGGGUUACCUCGAAUUAUCAGCAAAGACCAAGAUAUUUUUUGCUACUGCUGUUACUUCAUGGGAUGCAGAGUUCUAUGUCAAAGUUGAUGAUGAUGUACAUGUAAAUAUAGGAACACUUGGAGCAACUUUAGCUAGACAUCGGUCAAAGCCCAGGGUGUACAUUGGAUGCAUGAAAUCCGGUCCCGUCCUUGCUCAAAAGGGAGUGAGGUAUCAUGAGCCCGAGUACUGGAAGUUCGGCGAGGAAGGGAACAAGUAUUUUCGUCAUGCCACCGGCCAGCUCUAUGCUAUCUCAAGAGACUUGGCUACUUACAUCUCCAUCAACCAGCAUGUUCUACACAAGUAUGUCAAUGAGGAUGUUUCUCUGGGUUCAUGGUUACUGGGAUUGGAUGUGGAGCAUAUUGAUGACCGAAGAUUAUGUUGUGGAACACCGCCUGAUUGUGAAUGGAAGGCCCAGGCUGGCAAUGUCUGUGUUGCUUCAUUUGAUUGGACUUGUAGCGGGAUUUGCAAGUCUGCUGAGAGGAUCAAAGAGGUCCAUAGACGCUGUGGAGAAGGCGAGAAUGCUUUGUGGAGUGCAGUUUUCUAACUUGAUCCAAGUUGCAAACUUUUCUUCCAAACUCAGGAGGAAAAGAACAUGUAGAUGGUUUUUUGGUCUAGUAUUGUAAAGUUCCUCACACGGUAUCUGUAAAAUGAGAUGCAUAGUGAGCUGGGAUUCUACUCCAUUUUAGAUGAGGAGGGAGACCCAAAGUUAAAAGAGGCAAGAGAAGUAGUAGUAAUAGUAAUCAUUCUUUUGAACUGCUUCCGGGGCCGUUUGUAAUUAGUCUUCCAUGGCUAAUGAAGCUCCAUAAUGAGUGCCAAUCUUUGUGCUAGCUGGUGCUGCCUUUUCGUAAUAAAAUAGUGCAUUGUUGGUUGAACUCUUAAUGGUUCUAGUUCCUUUUUCCGAUUA